CCAUGAUCCAUCCCCAUCUCUUCACCUUCAGCAAAACAAAUGCUCUUCUUCUUCCAAAAACCCCUUCACAAAGCCGAAGCCUCCAACCCUGAAGAAUGGAGUUUGCAAACAAACUAGCAAAUGCAGCGAUCAAAGCCGUAAACAGCAACGCAGUAGUUAACACAUGCCUGGGUGCGUCGUUCGCGGCCUUAACCGUGAGAUCGAUGUAUCAGCAAAAAGACAUAGAAGCUCUGGAAUCGGAAAAGGAGUCACUGGUGAAGGCCAACAAAGCCAUGAAAAAGACCAUGUGGGAUUGGAAACAAACACUCUUCGCCGAAGCCGCCUCCGAAUCCGCUUUGAUUCCACUUGAAAGACUCAAAUCCAUCUACGGCGAAGCCCCAGCACCCUCACCUGGAGGAGGUUUGAAUGAAGAUGCAAAAUCUUCUGCAACCGAAUUUGUGGUCUGAAGUUAUGUUACUAAUUUUUGUGAAGGGACAUUGGAGCUGUCCCUCCAAAGCUGAGAGGAAAUAGAAUAGAUCAUCUUUAAGGAAGAAAUGUAAGAUUUUUUUACCUAAGAAUUCUUAAUGUUACAACAAAUGUUAAACCAAUGCCAAUUAAUUUCUUGGUGAUAUAGUAAUGUGAUUGUUUUAUCCUUCUCUAGCUUCAGUGCGAAUGCCAAAUAAUGAAAUAGAUUGAUACAGCGUUUAUGAUGGUAAUAUUGUGUACAACAGGGGAAACUUUGACAGUUGACUCUGUGGGCAUUUGCAUU